AUGACGUCAUCAGACGAUAGCACCAUCCAGAUCUUGCUGCAAAAGGUUGCAAGAGCUGAUGUACACGACAGCAACUGCAGCUUGCAUGACCUUAUCUUACCCUCCAUCUUUCUUGAGGUUGUUUUUAUUACCAUUUCAGAUAUUGCCAGCAGUAUAAAAUCGCAGGAACACAGUGAUAGGUGGAGAAAAGUCACCGAAAACAAGUCACAGAAUAGUAGCCACAAACUUAUUCUCAUCUUUUCUAGAAGCGAUGUCGUGAAACUAAGGGAAGUCACCCCCAGCCACCGUCGUCUGCUACCCCCAGCCACCGUCGUCUGCCACCACCGUCGUCUGCCACCCCCAGCCACCGUCGUCUGCCACCCCCAGCCACCGUCGUCUGCCACCCCCAGCCACCGUCGUCUGCCACCCCCAGCCACCGUCGUCUGCCACCCCCAGCCACCGUCGUCUGCCACCACCGUCCCACCGUCGUCUGCCACCCCCAGCCACCGUCGUCUGCCACCCCCAGCCACCGUCGUCUGCCACCCCCAGCCACCGUCGUCUGCCACCCCCAGCCACCGUCGUCUGCCACCACCGUCGUCUGCCACCCCCAGCCACCGUCGUCUGCCACCCCCAGCCACCGUCGUCUGCCACCCCCAGCCACCGUCGUCUGCCACCCCCAGCCACCGUCGUCUGCCACCACCGUCGUCUGCCACCCCCAGCCACCGUCGUCUGCACACACCGUCGUCUAACACCCCCAUCCACCGUCGUCUGCCACCCCCAGCCACCGUCGUCUGCCACCCCCAGCCACCGUCGUCUGCCACCCCCAGCCACCGUCGUCUGCCACCCCCAGCCUCCGUCGUCUGCCACCCCCAGCCACCGUCGUCUGCCACCCCCAGCCACCGUCGUCUGCCACCACCGUCGUCUGCCACCCCCAGCCACCGUCGUCUGCCACCACCGUCGUCUGCCACCCCCAGCCACCGUCGUCUGCCACCCCCAGCCACCGUCGUCUGCCACCCCCAGCCACCGUCGUCUGCCACCCCCAGCCACCGUCGUCUGCCACCCCCAGCCACCGUCGUCUGCCACCACCGUCGUCUGCCACCCCCAGCCACCGUCGUCUGCACACACCGUCGUCUAACACCCCCAGCCACCGUCGUCUGCCACCCCCAGCCACCGUCGUCUGCCACCCCCAGCCACCGUCGUCUGCCACCCCCAGCCACCGUCGUCUGCCACCACCGUCGUCUGCCACCCCCAGCCACCGUCGUCUGCCACCCCCAGCCACCGUCGUCUGCCACCCCCAGCCACCGUCGUCUGCCACCACCGUCGUCUGCCACCCCCAGCCACCGUCGUCUGCCACCCCCAGCCACCGUCGUCUGCCACCCCCAGCCACCGUCGUCUGCCACCCCCAGCCACCGUCGUCUGCCACCCCCAGCCACCGUCGUCUGCCACCCCCAGCCACCGUCGUCUGCUACCCCCAGCCACCGUCGUCUGCUACCCCCAGCCACCGUCGUCUGCCACCACCGUCAUCUGCCACCCCCAGCCACCGUCGUCUGCCACCCCCAGCCACCACCCCCAGCCACCGUCGUCUGCCACCCCCAGCCACCGUCGUCUGCCACCCCCAGCCACCGUCUUCUGCCACACUCAACCACCGUCGUCUGCCACCCCCAGCCACCGUCGUCUGCCACCCCCAGCCACCGUCUUCUGCCACACUCAACCACCGUCGUCUGCCACCCCCAGCCACCGUCUGCCACCCCCAGCCACCACCCCCAGCCACCGUCGCCUGCCACCCCCAGCCACCACCCCCAGCCACCGUCGUCUGCCACACUCAACCACCGUCGUCUGCCACCCACGCUGACACUGUAUGCCGGGCGCAAGUUCCGGGAAAACCGAAGUACUGGAACAAGAAUCGCUUGA